GCUAAAAACACCAUUCUGACUGAAAUGGUGGAGAAACUGAAGAAGAUUACACUUCCUGCUGACUCUUACGCUGGAGCUGGAGAUGUGCAGUGUGACGUCUGUACUGGAAGAAAACACAAAGCCGUCAAGUCCUGUCUGGUGUGUCUGAACUCUUACUGUCAGAAUCACCUUGAACAACAUGAGACCUUCUUUAAAGGAAAGAGACACAAUCUGACUGAAGCCACUGGACGACUGCAGGAGAUGAUCUGCCCGAAACAUGACAAGAUCCUUGAGGUUUUCUGCCGCACUGAUCAGGAGUAUAUAUGUGUGCUGUGUACGAUGUAUGAACAUAAAAACCACGACACUGUAUCAGCUGCAGCACAGAGGACAGAGAAACAGCACCAGCUGAAGGAGACGCAGAGGUUGUUCCAGCAGAGGAUCCAGCAGAGAGAGGAAGAUCUUCAGCAGCUGAGAGAGGCUGUGGAGUCUCAUAAGCGCUCUGCACAGACAGCAGUGGAGGACAGUGAGAGGAUCUUCACUGAGCUCAUCCGCUCCAUUGAGAGAAGCUGCUCUGAGGCCACACAGCGGAUCAGAGAUCAGGAAAAGACUGCAGUGAGUCUAGCUGAAGGACGACUGGAGCGACUGGAGCAGGAGAUCAAUGAUCUGAGGAGGAGAGACGCUGAGCUGGAGCAGCUUUCACACACACAGGAUCACAUCCAUUUCCAUCAUAUAAUCUUCAAACCUGCUGAAACCUUUUAUAAUAAUUUUCAAACCAGGAAUGACUUCCUACAAUAUUCCCAUCAGCUCAAACUGGAUCUGAACACUGUGAAUAAACACCUCCAUCUGUCUGAGAGGAACAGAGUGAUUACUGGCACAUACAUUUUCACAGUCCAGACCCAUCUUGAUCAUCCUGAAAGAUUUGAUGGAUGUAUUCUUCAGGUGUUGUGUAGAGAGAGUGUGUGUGGACGCUGUUACUGGGAGAUUGAGUGGAGUGGGUGUGUAUUUAUAUCAGUGUCAUAUAAGAGCAUCAGCAGGAAGGGACGGGGUAAUGAGUGUGGGUUUGGAAAUAAUGAUCAGUCCUGGAGUUUGAUCUGCUCUUCCUCCAAUUACUCAUUCAGUCACAAUAACAUGAAGAUCCGUCUCCCUGUAGAGUCCACCAGUCGUAGAAUAGGAGUGUAUGUGGAUCACAGUGCAGGAACUCUGUCCUUCUACAGCGUCUCUGGAGACACAAUGAGCCUCAUCCACACAGUCCAGACCACAUUCACUCAACCGCUCUAUCCUGGGUUUACUUUUGGUUUUGGAUCAUCAAUGAAACUGUGUUGAUGAAUCAGAAUAUACUGUAGAGAGAUUCUACCCAUAAUGCUUUGAGCUCAUGAUGAAUCAGUAACAGUGAGAUGUUAUAGACAAAUCCGGCGAAACACGGAAGUAAAGCAGCGCCGCCAUUACUGCGUGCCUUGCUGCUAAGGAAGUAGCAGAAGUAGCGUGUUGGUCCCGUAGGCGGCUGUAGCAGAUGUUAGCUAUAUAGUUUUUUUAGUACGUAUGCUGUCCAGUGAUGCCGGGCAGAGCGUGUUGUGUGGUUGGUUGUUUUAACAACAGCACAAAACUACAGGCCUGGAAUAAAACCAUUUGUGUAAUCCACGGCCAUAUGGAUUGCACAGAGUUCCUGGUCGAGCGGAGGACCAAGAUGUGCGUCAAAAGAGAAUGAAACACAUAACCGAGAUGGCUCAUCGCAUGCCAGAUGAUUAAUAAAAUAAUCUUGAAUACCUGUAAGAACAUGUAUUUUAUUGCUACAACUGGUCGUGGCUAAGGCCAUCCUUAAAAAUAUUUUGGUUUGCCGUAACAGCCAAAAAAAAUAAAAAA